UCCAAAAAUAUCCUUCUUCUCCCCUUCGUCCUUCUCUCUUAUCUGGAAUCGAUAGCUAGGUAAAGCGCUAGCUAGCUCGACUACCUACUUAUCUCUUCAAGACAAGUUCGGCUUUCGAGACUACGAGAAUGGCCGACCUCAACCUCCAAGAGAUCCGCGAUACUCUGGUGGUGGUGGCCCACGAGGCUGGCCGCAUGAUUCUGUCCGCCAAUCCGACCGAUAUUUCCCAGGGGACGAAGCUCAACUCUACCGACAUCGUGACCGAGACCGACAAAGCCGUCGAGGACCACGUCUCCAAGCGCCUCUCGGAAGCGUACCCCAGCUUCGCCUUCGUGGGCGAGGAGACGUACAAGCCGGGCGUGCAGGUUACCGCCGCGCCAACCUUCAUCGUCGACCCCAUCGACGGCACCAACAACUUCGUCCAUGCCUUCCCCCACGCCUGCAUCUCCCUUGGCUUCGCUGUCGACCAUGUCCCGACGAUCGGCGUUGUCUACAACCCCUACCUCGACCAGCUAUACUCCGCCAUCCGGGGACAGGGCGCCUACCUGACUGAGGGAGCCAUCUGGGGGCUUGAAGGAGGCCAGGGCCGCCGCACCAAGCUGCCUUUCUCGAAGCACCCGCCGGCCCUCGCAGGCCUCGACACCACCCUUGUGGCCAUUGAAUGGGGCGCCGCCCGUGACGGCCCCAACUUCGAGCUCAAGACCGAGGUCUUCAAGCGCCUCGCAGCAAGCAAGGAGAAUGGUGGUUCCAUAGUCCACGGCUUCCGCAGCCUUGGGAGCGCCGCCCUGAACCUGUGCGCCGUCGCUGCCGGCCAGUUAGAUAUCUACUGGGAGGGCGGCUGCUGGGCGUGGGAUGUGUGUGCUGGUUGGGCCAUCCUCGCCGAGGCCGGCGGAAUCAUGGCCGGUGGUAACCCCGGCGUCUGGAACCCCCGGGUCGACGACCGUAAGUACCUCGCCGUACGCGGCGCCCCCAGCGGACAGAAGGAGAUUGUCGAAGAGUUCUGGAAGGUCAUCGGAGAUAAGAAAUUGGAUUACGAUAGUUGAAGGCGCAAGGGAUUGGGGUGAGAAUAGAGAGAGUGGAGCUGCCUAUGAACUAGGUAGUUGAUGGCACAGGCCGAAGGGUUACCUAUCUACACAGGGCAGCUGAAGUAGGGCAAAGCGGCAGAGGGAUAGACUAUUGACUCAGGGAGCUCUGAU